UCGGCCGCGACCGGCUCGGUUGAACCGAAGCGGAAGCUGCCGAACGCGCCCGACCAAUCGCGAGACGGUAGCUUCGAUUCCCGCGCUUUUCUCGCGUCACCUGUUGCGUUUGACAGUCUGUACGCGUGCGAUCGUUUCGUUCAUUUGGAAAAACACGCGAGCGGUCAGUGACAAGUUGACCACGAUUUGUUACACGUUGCUCGCAUAAGUGCCUCAAGCGAGAGCGUGUCUCGCGUUAAAUGUGUAUUCCCCGCGCGCGUGUCUACUGUCGUGUUCCCCGCGUGACAUAACCUCGAAGUUUAUGAAUGCGUGACAGUUCCCGUUGCAUCGCAGUAAAGCGAAACUGAUCUGUGACGCAGCGGCAUUCUGGCGUUAUUUUUAUUGUUAAGCUGCGUUUUCGAAAGAUUAUCAAUAGUUUAGAGAAUAUACAUUGCAUGUUAAAGAUUCUGUAGUGUAAAUUACUGAGAUAUGGCAGAUUAUCUUACUGCUGAACUCACAGCCACUUGUGCUGUGCUUGGACGUUUUGAUGGACACGACUACCAUCUAGAUAAAAAUUGCUUAGACGUGAUAAAAGAUCUUAUUAGGUAUCUCAGGAGAGAUGAUGAUUUGCACACUAUCAGACGCUUUCUUGGUAGAACCAAAGUGCUUCAGACAGAUCUUAUAAAGAUUCUUGUGCAUCACGUUAACAAUACUGAACUCUGGGACAUUUUGUUACGAUUAGUUAUCAAUUUAACGAGUUCCGUAUCCGUGAUCUACAAUGACCAAAUACCAACUGAGAAGACAAUGUAUAGUUUGUACCAACAAAUCAUUUCACAUUUACAAGAGUAUAAAGUAGCGCUGACUGAUAAUAACGUCUGGCUCGCAGUUUCUGAACGUUUGGGAAAACUACUUAAUAUUGAUAGUGCAGAGAGAGAUGAGGAAAACGAGUUGACAAUUGAAAGGAUACUUGUUUUUAUUAGAAAUGUGUUGCAAGUGCCAUCGAGUGACAAUGAUAAAAGAGUUAAUAAUGAUGCCACUGUACAUGAUGAGAUAUUGUUUGCAUUUAAUGCGUCAAAUAUAGUGGACACUCUAAUAUUCAUGAUCGGUAAUAAUAAGGAACAGCAAUACCAUAUGCAGAUCUUAGAGAUUAUAUCUUUGAUGCUACGUGAGCAAAAUGCCAGCCAAUUGGCUACAGCCGGAUUGCAACGUAGCACUGCUGAAAAGGAAAACGAUGAGGCUACACUUGUAACUCUGCGACAGAAGGAAUUGCGCGAAAAGGUGGAGAAAAUGAAGAAAUAUGCCGGAUCCAGACACUCACGAUUUGGCGGUACUUACGUUGUGCAAAAUAUGAAAGCCAUUGGAGAAAAUCAAAUGAUAUGUCACAAACCGUAUCAAGCAAUUGAAGAUCUGGAGUUCGGUUAUAAUAAGAAAAGGGUGAAGCGACGCAAAGAUAAAAUGGGCCUGCAGGACGUCAAGCAAGACCGCACAUCUACCAUUAGCGUGCGACUCUUUCUAAAAGAAUUUUGCGUAGAGUUUCUGAGUGGGGCUUACAAUCCCGUGAUGAAAUUCGCUAGGUAUUGCAUCAUCAAUUGUGCUUACGGCGAAGCAUCCGAGACGACUCCAUAUCUGUGGGCCCUGCGCUUCUUCAUGGAGUUCAAUCGCCAUUACAACUUCCAACCGAAAUACGUGAGCGAAACUGUAUCGACAGAGAUAUUUCAUUUAGUACAAACACAAAUGGACCAUUAUUAUGAGAUGAUGCUAACCGAUAAAAAAAGGAUACCGCUUUGGUCAUAUAGAUUGCACUUAGCAUUAAAAGCGUAUCAGGAGCUUCUGAACACUCUCAUGACGAUGGACAAGAGUACAGAUCACGGUGCUAGGGAAUCCAGCAGAAUAAUCAAGAGCAAUAUCUUUUAUGUCCCAGAAUAUCGGGAAACAAUAUUCUCGCAACUCUUGUGCUUCGACGAGGCUAAAAUGUCACGGCUCUACCUGGUAGAUCUCAUGACGACAGUUCACCUCUUCCUGAAAAUGUUGGAGCAUUUCUGCCAGAAGGGCCAACGGCAUCUCGUGGUUCAGAAAGUGAAGUCGAAGAGGCAAAAGGCUAAAAAGCGUAAAACAGAGCCCGUUCAGGAAAACGUAACUACGCCUCCUACUUUGGAAGAACGCUGGGACAAUAUCAGUCCCGAAUUAUCCGCUGUGAUGCAAAUUGUCAACAUACCGGAAAUGAUACCGUUCGAUGCAACCUUGGAUACACCUAUUGACGAUCAGAAAGUGGAUGCCAUGAAGAGAAUCCAGAAAUUAAUGCGGCAGAGAAACUUGGAACAGGCAGUUGGUCUCCUACGCUCAGCAAGAGAGAUUUGGCCCGAGAAUGACUGUUUCGGAAGAGCGAAUAUACCUCCCGAGGAAGAAUUUCUGGUUCUUCGUGAAGUUUUCUUCGCAGAUCUGGGCGUAGUGGAGGAUGAGCUCCCCAAUCAACAAGCAUUAAAUACGGACGGCGAUGUCGAGAAUUCUAAAAGUCAUGAAGCAGAUGAGGAGGAAGACGAGGAUGAUGAGGAAGAAGAACAGGGAACUGUUUUCCAGGAGACCGAUUUUAAAUUGGAUGAAUUUUUACAAAGGUUCGCCAACGUGAAGGUCAUUAAAGCUGCGGCACUGUUACUGCAACAAUUCGAGAAUAAUACGGCGGAGGUAAAUCACUACGUAGUCAAAAUGCUGCAUCGAAUUGCCUGGGAUUGCAAAAUGCCCGGCAUGAUAUUCCAGGCGUCCAUAUUUCGAACUUUUCAAAAAAUUCUCGAAUCAAAGGAUCCUGUACAUAAGGAGCUCGAAAAGUUCGCAGUCUUCAUAAUCCGCCGUUUCACCGAAGUCGCUCAGAAGAACCGGAAGUCGUACAUGGAGCUGCUCUUUUGGAAGACCUCCCGUGACGCGAUAGAAAUCGUGGAUGGCUACAACGCGGAAACGGGUAACAAGAAAGUUUCGCGGGCGGUCUGGACGGAGGUGGAGGAAGACGAGCUGCGAACCCUCUUUAUGGAGCAUCAGACUAACAAAUACCCGCAAGACUUGAUCGACUGGUUGUUGGAGCAUAUCAUCAACGAGAACAGAACGCGACGCAGCAUCAUCAAGAAGCUCAAGGAGAUGUGCCUGAUCGUCAAUUCUAAGGGUGUGCGAGCUGAGGUACAAAAGAGGUUGCCUAAGGAAUGGUCUGAGGAAGAAAUCGCCCAGCUUACGGAACUUUGGACACAGCUCAAAGACGAUGACGAUCCCGUGGAUUUGAUUUUCACCGGUCUUAGAAUAAAACGACCGAAACCGAAGAUCAAGGAGAAGCUUUUGGAAUUAGGAUUGGCGCGGGAUCGCAAGGAGCUGCGCAAAAAGCGAGCCGGAAAAAGCAACCAGGGUAAAUCGUCGUGGGAAACGCAAGCUGCCAGUAAUUCUGACGGGAACGAAAGUUCAGCCACCGACGACGGAGACGGUGAAGAAACUCGGAAAUCCUCGAAGCGCGGCGGCGCGCCUCGGCGGAACGAGUCGACGAAAAAGAAGCAACGGAACAGGCGGAAGCUACCAACGAUCGUUUACACGGAUGCACAAUUAUCCGGCCUCCUGAAGGACGUCAUCGACAGGGAGAUGAGAGAAGCGUUGGAAUGGAUCAAGGAAUCCCUGCAAGACGUUCUGGACGAUCGUGACGAGGAGAGCUCCGAGGGCAUACCCUUGGUACCGCUGACAGAUUACUCGUCGGCCGCGAUGGAUUCACCGAGUUUUCAAAAGCUCCUGCGUGCCAUGGGAUUUGUGCCACCGGCUGAUGCCCAGGAAUCUUAUUGGCGUAUCCCGGCGAAUAUGCUUACGACGACGAUCCAGAAACGCUGCAAACUCAUCGAAAACGCUUUAGCCGGCGAAUUUGUCAUCGAAGAAACGCAACCAGAGUCGCACAAAGAUGACUUCGACACCGAUGAAAAGCUGGACAACAGCGAAGACGACGUCGAUGUGUUUGAAAAUGUGAAAAGGUUCUUCGUGUCCAAAGAACCGGAGCCAUCAAUUUCCGAACAAUCGGAAGUACAUGCAAAAAUUCGUUCAUCACAAAAAUCGAAAAAGUUUUCGACAGCUAGCGAAGAAAGCGAUGAAGCGGAACUUAUAGAGAAAAACGAUGAAGCGAAAAUAGUAGAAAAAAAUGAAACGGAACUUGCAAAAGAAACGAGUGGAGAAACUGCGAGCAGGAUAAGAAACCGAGCAAGGAUGCUCGAUGAUUCCUCUGAAUCCGAAAUGGAAAUCGAAAGGAACAUCAAUGAUGAGCACGAUAAUGUAAAGAGAGACAGAUCCGAUUCUUCCGAUACGGAUAAACCAUCCAGUAAGAAACGUCGAUUACUCGACAGCGACGAGGAGGCAGAAUCGCUAAAGAGUGAAGAUACCAAAGCAAAUGGCGGUCGCAUAAUAAUUAGCGAUGAUGAGGAACCGUCUAACGUGCGAGCUGAGCGAUCCAAGUCAUUUCGCGUAAUAAUCAGCGACGAAGAAGAUUAACAUGGUCGCUGCAUAAUUAUCCCAACUCGCUUCAAUUAAUACAUUGAUAUAUUUUCUUUAUGUGAUUAUUUCAACUCGUUCUAAAUAUUUAAAAACUUUUACAGUCACGGAACAUGUACUAUAUUACUUUACGCAUUUUUCAAUACCAAUAAAAUAUUAAGUAAGAGAAUAAA